AUGUGGAGGUGUUUUCGUGUUGAAUGUGGAUGGGCAGGCCAGGUUUUCCCAGACAAGAGGGCAGCAUAUACUGGAGCCCAUCAGAAUGCCAAAGUAAGUUUCUCCAGGCAACUAACAGAGGAAAGCCUGGGGUUAGAACCACCAGGUGAUGAGUUGGUUGCAUAUUUUGCUAAGCGAAGGAUAUCAAAGGAAACUCUAGAAAAAAAUGCUAUUCUGCAAAAAUCGGGGGAACAGAAUAUCAUUGCUUUUACUUACCGCCGAAAUGGAGUCCUUGUCAGCUGCAAGUACAGAAGCAUCAUUGACAAAAGAUAUUGGCAGGAGAAGGGUACAGAGAAGAUACUAUAUGGACUUGAUGGCAUAAAGGAAGCAGAUGAAAUCAUUAUUGUUGAAGGUGAAAUAGAUAAGCUGUCAAUGGAAGAAGCUGGCUUUUGUAAUUGUGUCAGUGUUCCUGAUGGUGCGCCACAGAAGGUUUCAGCUAAAGAACUUCCAUCUUUGGAAAAGGACACCAGAUUUCAGUAUCUAUGGAACUGCAGAGAGUACUUGGACAGGGCAUCCCGAAUUAUCCUGGCAACUGAUGGUGACAUACCUGGGGAAGCCUUAGCUAAAGAGCUGGCACGCCGCCUUGGAAGCGAAAGAUGCUGGCGAGUAAGUUGGCCGAAGAAAAGUGAGCUCACCAGCUUUAAAGAUGCAAAUGAGGUUCUCACGAAUCUGGGACCAGGGGCAUUGAGGGACAUCAUUGGCAAUGUGGAGUUAUACAGAUUUAAGGGCUUCUCCAUACAACCCAGGAAGUAA